GGACAGAAAGGCCAUCCUGGUCCCUCUGGCCACCCUGGAGACCAAGGAGAAAGAGGACCGGAUGGAAGUCCAGGUGCCAAAGGUUAUCCUGGCAGGCAGGGCUUACCUGGGCCUAUAGGAAAUAUGGGACCAAAAGGCGUACGGGGCUUCAUUGGAAUCCCAGGCAUCUUCGGUCUCCCUGGAGCUGACGGAGAAAGAGGUUUACCUGGUGUUCCUGGGAAGAAGGGCAAGAUGGGUAGGCCGGGCUUUCCAGGAGAUUUUGGGGAGCGAGGACCACCAGGACCUGAUGGAAACCCAGGGGAAAUCGGCGCCCCGGGGCCUGUUGGCAUCCCUGGAUUUAUUGGUGAUAUGGGCCCUGUUGGAAUGGUCGGUCCUCCUGGACUAAUAGGACCAAAGGGUGUCCCAGGAAACCCAGGAGAGCCCGGACUGAAAGGUGAUAAGGGUGAGCUCGGAUUGCCAGGUGAACCCGGGGAACCUGGAUUUCAAGGUGACAAGGGUAUUCAGGGCUCACCGGGUUUACCAGGAGUUCAAGGAAAGCCAGGACCACAGGGGAAGAUUGGAGAUCGAGGUCCAGACGGUUUGCCCGGCCCACUUGGUCCUGAGGGUUUUCCAGGGGAUAUUGGACCACCAGGACAGAAUGGUGUUGAGGGCCCAAAGGGGAAUGCAGGAGUGAGAGGCAUUCCAGGCCCUGGAGGACUCCCUGGACUCGAGGGAGAUCAGGGACCAGUGGGACCAGCAGGGGCUCCAGGACUAGAGGGCAGACCUGGGAGGAAAGGUAUCUCUGGCAAUCCAGGGGAGGAAGGGAUGAAGGGAGAGCCUGGAAUGAUUGGAAAUCCUGGGAUGCUUGGUGAGAGGGGUCCUGUUGGUUUCGUCGGGCCUUUUGGUGAGAUGGGACUUGCUGGAGAAAAGGGAGAUCGUGGUGAGACGGGUCAGCCUGGACCACCUGGAGAAAAGGGAGCCAUGGGUCACCCAGGGGCUCCAGGAGAGAGAGGCCUGUCUGGACCAGCAGGUGCUCCAGGGCCUCAUGGAUCUAGGGGCCUCAGUGGCACCAGGGGGCCAAAAGGCACAAGGGGUGCAAGGGGACCAGAUGGACCAGUUGGAGAGAAAGGAAUGAUGGGAAUGAAGGGUCCUGAAGGUCCACCAGGAAAACAAGGUUUAAGCGGACAAAUGGGUAAAAUUGGAGAAACUGGUGAAGCAGGACCUACCGGAUUUACUGGUGUUCAAGGACCAACUGGACCUCCUGGAGCAAAAGGCAUCUUAGGAGAACCUGGUCCUCAAGGAUCACCGGGAGUGUUGGGUCCAUUGGGUGAGAUUGGAGCAAUAGGUUUACCUGGGAAGGCUGGCGAUCAGGGCUUACCGGGAGAACCAGGAGAGAAGGGUGCAGUCGGGUCUCCUGGGAAUAUUGGAGAGCAAGGCCUGAUUGGACCUCGAGGUGACCCUGGAGUCGAUGGAGAGGCUGGUCCAAGUGGUCCCGAUGGAGCCAAGGGUGAACAGGGGGAUGUUGGACUGGAGGGAGAAUCAGGCGAAAAAGGAGUCAUCGGAUUUAAAGGAACAGAGGGACGUACUGGUGAUCCUGGCUUAAUAGGCGUCAAGGGCCCUGAAGGCAAACCAGGGAAAAUUGGUGAGAGGGGAAAACCUGGAGAGAAGGGCAGCAAAGGUCAUCAAGGUCAACUUGGCGAGAUGGGUGCUUUGGGUGAGCAAGGUGACACGGGUUUCAUCGGGCCAAAAGGAAGCAGAGGAACUACUGGAUUUAUGGGUGCUCCGGGAAAAAUGGGUCAGCACGGAGAGCCAGGUUUGACGGGAUAUGAAGGUCAUCAAGGGCCACAAGGUUCAUUGGGAUCCCCGGGACCAAAAGGAGAAAAGGGAGAGCAAGGCGAUGACGGGAAGGUUGAAGGUCUACCUGGUCCUUCUGGUGACAUCGGACCUGUUGGCAACAGAGGAGACAGAGGAGAACCUGGUGACCCUGGAUACCCCGGCCUUGAAGGUGUUCAAGGAGAAAGAGGAAAAGAGGGGGCUCCUGGAGUCCCUGGGAAUUCAGGGCCUAGAGGUUUUCCAGGGCUCAAAGGAUCUAAAGGCAAUAAAGGUCCAAAAGGCAAAAACAGUCCUCGUGGUGAAUCUGGAAACCGAGGGUCUCCUGGUCCUGUUGGUGUUCCUGGGCCCAGAGGGGUCAUCGGUCGAGAGGGUUUUGAGGGGGAUCCUGGACCCGAUGGAGCUGCUGGGAAAGAUGGAGCUAAAGGAAUGCCAGGUGAUCUUGGACAUGAUGGGGAUGUUGGGCUGCCUGGAAAACCGGGUCCUCAAGGAAAUGCAGGAGCACCAGGUCUACCAGGAGUUCAAGGCUCUUUUGGGCCAAAGGGGGAAAGGGGCAUUCCUGGUCAAACUGGACCUCCAGGCAAAAGAGGACUGAACGGAGGAAUGGGAUUUCCUGGAAAACAAGGCGACCAAGGCUUCAAAGGACAACCUGGUGAUGCUGGUGAACAGGGAUUUCCUGGAGUUCUUGGAAUAUUUGGACCACAGGGGCCUCCUGGAGACUUCGGUCCAGUGGGUAUACAGGGUCCAAAGGGUCCUCAGGGUUUAAUGGGGAUGCAAGGAGCCAUCGGACCAGUUGGGAUCAUUGGGCCGAGUGGUAACCCAGGACCGCAAGGAGACAAAGGAAACAAAGGGGAAAUGGGUGUUCAGGGACCCAGGGGGCCUCCAGGUCCUCGUGGACCACCGGGACCUCCAGGGCUUCCUGCUGUAGCCUUCUCUCAUGAAAAUGAGGCCCUUGGUGCUGCUUUACAUGUUUUUGAUUCCCGCUCCGCAUUAAGAUCUGAAAUGUAUCAGGAUACUGACCUUCCACUGCUGGAUCAAGGAAGCGAGAUUUUUAAGACUCUUCACUACCUCAGCAUCCUGAUCCACAGUAUCAAAAACCCGCUGGGAACGCAGGAGAAUCCGGCCAGAAUGUGCAGGGAUCUGCUUGAAUGCGAGCACAGGUUGAAUGAUGGCACUUAUUGGAUAGAUCCUAACCUGGGCUGCUCCUCUGACAACAUUGAAGUGACCUGUAGCUUCACCAGUGGAGGUCAAACCUGCCUUAAGCCAGUCACUGCAUCCAAGCUGGAGAUCGGAGUCAGUCUGAUCCAGAUGAACUUCAUCCACCUCCUGAGCUCUGAGGCUGUGCAGAUCAUCACCGUUCACUGUCUGAACGUCUCCGUUUGGGCAUCGGAAGACUCCAAAACACCUUCCUCCAGCAUGGUAUACUUUAAAGCCUGGGAUGGACAGAUAAUCGAGGCUGGAGGAUUCAUCGAGCCUGAUUUGCUGAAGGAUGAGUGCUGGAUCACAGAUGGUAGAUGGCAUCAAACACAGUUCAUUUUCCGGACGCAGGACCCAAACUUACUACCCAUUGUGGAGAUCUACAACUUGCCCAGCACUAAACCUGGCUCACAUUACCACCUGGAGGUGGGCCCUGUGUGCUUUUUAUAA